AUGACAGCGUUUCACUCCUUAGUGUUCAGAGGAAUAAAAAAUUUGGUAACAAAUACAGCCCCAGCUACUACAGCUAAUGAAGUUACUAUUCCUGUACCCAUUGUAAAUAACGAAGGCACUUAUGCUUAUAUAACUGUUAAAGGUUCUUUACAUGAUCGUUCUUGUUCUGUUUUUGGUUUGAAUGACACCGAAAUACAGGCGCUAUGGAAACGUUUCGAAAACAGUGUUAAACCCGUGGUGAAUGGUAUUAUGGUAUCAGCUUCUCAUCUUGUUAUUCUAAAUACCUUGGCACAAUUGAGCUAUAAAGUUGUUUGCAGUUGUGGAAAAGCUGAAAUCUGUUGGACUAUGCAACGUGAAAUCUAAUA